GAGUAUCCCGUUCACACACUCUCCAGUUUCAUCGUAAACAACUGGACAUCUCUCUCUCUCUCCGUGCUGUUGCGACAUUCACUCUCGGGGGUCUUGAAAUGGUCGAUUUGCUAUUCCAUAGUGACAUAAGAUCAUUUUAAAGCUUGUUUUAUGAAUUCAUCCGACUCAAAACGAGUUUGUGACUGACAGACAGCGGUAUUCAGACAGAAGACGAGACUGCUGUGCUGUGCGCUGGUCGAAAUAAAUAAAUAACAGCUUUCUCCAUUCUGGCUUCUGGCAGUGGACGGCGCGAGAUGCUGCGGCUGCAUUGAUAGAGUUGGUAGAAGGGAUUCACACAGAAGUGACGAGGCAGCCUCAGCCAGGGCUUAGGCUACGGAUAGGAUAAUAACCUAGCACUGAUUGCGAUAGACUGAGUGAACGUUGUUGUAUGACAGACAGCAAGAAGAUGCACUAAGGACCGGAAGAGAAAAUGCUUCGUUUGAGAGUCGAAAUAUGAACGCACAUUCCACUUUGGUUUUCUUUUAUUUGCAGUGAUAUAUUUCCGUGGAUCUGAGCGGUUUAAACAACUUUUCGUGGUCCUUUUUCCAUGAUAACGGCAGAACCGGGCUUGAUUUACCGGGAAUUUCACCAGGAUCAUGUGGACCCCGACGGAGGAGGAGAAAAUCGGAGUUGUGAUCUGUACGUUUCGAGGGACCGUGACGCAGGGUCUGUCUCUGGAGAUAGGAGAGACAAUUCAGAUACUGGAGAAAUGUGAAGGAUGGUACCGAGGAUUCUCCACCAGGAAGCCUACAAUCAAGGGAAUCUUCCCGACCAGCUACAUUCACUUGAAGAAGGCCAUCGUAACCAACAGAGGGCAGUAUGAGACUGUGGUACCAGUAGAAGACCCCAUAGUGACGGAGGUGACCUCCACUCUGCAGGAAUGGGCCUUGCUAUGGAAGCAGCUUUACGUGAAACACAAGGUGGACUUGUUCUACAAGCUGCGUCACGUGAUGAACGAGCUGUUUGACCUUCGGAGACAGAUGUUGUCUGGUCACCUGACACAGGACCAGGUCAAAGACGUCAAGAGACACAUCACCAUCCGCCUGGACUGGGGCAACGAACACCUGGGCCUGGACCUCGUACCCAGGAAGGAGUUUGAAAUGGUGGAUGCAGACCAGAUCAGCGUCUCAGACUUAUACAAAAUGCAUCUGUCCAGCAGACACAGUGUCCAGCAAAGCACAACCCAGGCUGACAGUGUGCGUCGGGGCCACGGUGUAGAGCCCUGUCGUAUCCCCGUCCCUCACCACCUGUUCGUCAGCCUGAAGAGCUUCACCUACAACACCAUGGGAGAAGACACAGACAUCUUCUUCUCUCUCUACGACCUCCGGGAGGGGAAACAGAUCAGUGAGAAAUUUAUGGUGAGACUGAACAAGAAUGAAGGUCCCAAGAACACAGACAAGGUUGAUCGUUUGUGUGCUCUGUUCACGGAUUUAAGUAAUAAAGACAUGAAGCGGGACCUGUAUAUUGUUUCACAAGUCAUCAGAACCGGUCGGAUGCUGCUGAAUGACUCUAAGAAGGGUCCUCCUCACGUCCAGUACAGAAGACCGUACGGCUGUGCUGUGCUGGCCAUGAGUGAUGUACUACAGACCAUCUCAGAGCUGAAGGAGGAGAAGGACUUUGUACUCAAAGUCUACACAUGUAACAAUGAGAACGAGUGGUACCAGAUCCAUGAAAACAUCAUAAGAAAAUCCAGCACCAAGUACACAGCGCCCAGCACCAACUAUGGUCUGAUCAUCUCUCUCCAGCUGCUGAGAGGAGAGAUGGAACAAAUCAGGAGAGAGAACCCUAUGAUUUUCAAUAGGGGCGUGGCCAUUACACGCAAGCUGGGCUUCCCCGAUGUCAUCAUGCCAGGUGACAUCCGUAACGACCUGUACCUCACCUUGGAGAGAGGGGACUUUGAGAGGGGAGGAAAGAGUGUCCAGAAGAACAUCGAGGUCACCGUCUACGUGCUCUACGCAGACGGAGAGAUACUCAAAGACUGUAUCAGCCUGGGCAGUGGUGAAGCCCACAUCAGUGAACACCGCUCCUUUGUCCUCUACCACAACAACAGCCCUCGCUGGAGCGAGGUGGUUAAACUGCCCAUUCCCAUAGACCGCUUCAGAGGAUCACACCUGCGCUUCGAGUUCAGACACUGCUCCACCAAAGACAAGGCGGAGAAGAAGCUGUUUGGCUUUGCCUUCACACCACUGAUGAGAGAGGAUGGGACAACGCUGUCAGACGAGAAUCACGAGCUCUAUGUCUACAAGUGUGAUGAGAACGCUACGUUCAGUAACCAUGCGUUGUACCUGGGUCUGCCCUGCUGUAAGGAGGACUUCAACGGCUGUCCCAACAUACCCUCCAGCCUCAUCUUCCAACGCAGCACCAAGGAAACCCUCUGGAUCUCCACACAGCUCUCCUCCACCAAGCUCACACAGAAUGUGGACCUGCUUGCAUUGUUGAAGUGGAAGGCACACCCAGACAGAGUGAUGGACAUCCUGGGGCGCCUACGCCACGUCAGUGGAGAGGAGAUUGUCAAGUUCCUCCAAGACAUUUUGGACACCCUGUUUUCCAUUCUGGAUGACAACACUGACAAGUAUGGUCCUCUGGUGUUUCAGUCACUGGUGUUCAUCAUUAAUCUGCUCAGGGACAGCAAGUACUAUCACUUCCGUCCCGUCAUGGACACUUACAUCCAGAAGCACUUUGCUGGAGCGCUGGCGUACAAAGAGUUGAUCCGCUGUCUGAAGUGGUACAUGGACCGUUCUGCAGAAGUGGUAAAACAGGACCACAUUCAGGAGGCCAUGAGGGCUCUGGAGUACCUGUUGAAGUUCAUUAUCCAGUCUCGGAUCCUAUACUCCCGUGCUACCUGUGGUAUGGAGGAAGAACAGUUCAGAGCCAGCAUCCAAGAGCUCUUCCAGUCCAUCCGCUUUGUCCUCAGUCUGGACAGCCGUAGCUCUGAGACACUCAUCUUCACACAGACCCCUCAGGUCUCCCAGCCUGACUCUGGACAGGGGCAGCCCCCCGGCCCCAACAGCUGUACUCAGGCCUGGAGCUCCAAUGCUCCUCGCCCCUCUCCUCUCUCAGCGGCACUCCUGAACUCGUUCCCGGCCAUCUUUGACGAACUGCUUCAGAUGUUUACAGUCCAGGAAGUGGCAGAGUUUGUACGGGGCACAUUGGGCAGCAUGCCUAGCACUGUACACAUCGGACAGUCCAUGGACGUCGUCAAACUGCAGUCCAUCGCUCGCACCGUUGACAGUCGCCUAUUCUCCUUCCCAGAGUCUCGUAGGAUCCUGCUUCCCGUGGUCCUGCAUCACAUCCACCUCCACCUGAGACAGCAGAAAGAGCUGCUCAUCUGUUCUGGCAUCCUCAGCAGUAUCUUCUCCAUCAUCAAGACCAGCUCUCUGGACACCCCGGUGCAGGAGGACAUAGAGAUGAUGGUCGAGUCUCUCCUAGAUGUGCUACUCCAGACCCUGCUGGCCAUCAUGAGCAAGUCUCAGUCCCAGGAGGCGGUAAGAGGCCAGCGCUGCCCACAGUGCACGGCUGAGAUCACUGGAGAGUAUGUGUCCUGCCUUCUAUCCCUGCUGCGUCAGAUGUCUGAAAUCCAUUUCCAACAUCUGCUGGACAACUUCCAGAGCAAAGAGGAGCUGAAGGAGUUCCUGUUGAAGAUAUUUUGUGUGUUUCGUAACCUGAUGAAGCUCAGUGUCUUUCCCCGGGACUGGAACGUGAUGAGGCUGCUGACCAGCAACAUCAUAGUGACGACAGCCCAGUGUCUGUCCCCGGCUCUGAACAAAAACUUCACCGAAGCUGACUUUGAUUUCAAGGUGUGGAACUCAUACUUCAGUCUGGCUGUUCUAUACAUCAACCAGCCCAGCCUACAAUUAGAGAGCACCACACCAGCUAAGAGGAAGAAUGUGUUGGACAAGUAUGGUGACAUGAGGGUGAUGAUGGCCUACGAGCUCUUCAGCAUGUGGCAGAACCUUGGUGAGAACAAGAUCCACUUCAUCCCAGGUAUGAUAGGUCCGUUCCUGGGUGUGACCCUGGUGCCUCAGGGGGAGGUCAGGAACAUCAUGAUCCCUAUCUUCCACGAUAUGAUGGACUGGGAGCAGAGGAAGAACGGGAACUUCAAACAGGUGGAGGCAGAGCUGAUUGACAAGCUAGACAGUCUGGUGUCUGAGGGGAAAGGAGACGAGAACUACCGAGAACUAUUCAGCCUGCUAACCCAGCUCUUUGGGCCUUACCCCAGCCUGCUGGAGAAGAUUGAGCAGGAGACUUGGAGGGAGACGGGAAUCUCCUUCGUCACCUCUGUCACACGGCUGAUGGAACGUCUGCUGGACUACAGGGACUGCAUGAAAGGAGACGAGACAGAGAACAAGAAGAUUGGCUGUACUGUCAACCUGUUGAACUUCUACAAGUCAGAGAUCAACAAGGAGGAGAUGUACAUCCGCUACAUCCACAAGCUGUGUGGCAUGCACCUCCAGGCUGAGAACUACACAGAGGCUGCGUUCACUCUGCUGUUGUACUGGGAGCUGCUGCAUUGGGAGGAGAGGCCUCUGAGGGAGUUCUUACACUACCCAGGCCAGAGCGAGUGGCAUCGCAAAGAGGGCCUCUGUCGUAAGGUCAUCAACUACUUCAACAAGGGCAAGUGCUGGGAGUAUGGGAUACCGCUGUGCAGAGAGCUGGCUUACCAGUAUGAGACCUUAUACGACUACCAAAGCCUCAGCUGGAUAAGGAAAAUGGAGGCAGCGUACUAUGACAACAUCAUGGAGCAGCAGCGUCUAGAGCCAGAGUUCUUCAGGGUGGGCUUCUACGGACGCAAGUUCCCCUUCUUCCUAAGAAACAAGGAGUUUGUCUGCCGUGGUCAUGACUACGAACGUUUAGAAGCCUUCCAGCAAAGGAUGCUGGGAGAAUUCCCACAAGCCAUUGCCAUGCAACACCCAAACCAACCAGAUGAGGCCAUUUUACAGUGUGACGCCCAGUACCUCCAGAUCUACGCUGUUUCAGCGGUACCCGAGAACGUCAACGUUCUCCAGAUGGACCGGGUUCCAGACCGCAUCAAGAGCUUCUACCGAGUCAACAACGUGCGCCGCUUUCGCUACGACCGGCCCUUCCACAAAGGAUCCAAAGACCGAGAGAACGAGUUCAAGAGCUUGUGGAUCGAGAGGACUACGCUGAUCCUGACACAUCCUCUUCCUGGUAUUUCCCGCUGGUUUGAGGUGGAGAAGAGAGAGCUGAUUGAGGUGAGUCCUCUGGAGAAUGCCAUCUACGUGGUGGAGAACAAGAACCAUGAGCUGCGGACCCUGAUCAGCCAGUACCAACACAAGCAGCUCCAUGGCAACAUCAACCUGCUCUCCAUGUGUCUCAAUGGGGUCAUUGACGCUGCCGUCAACGGGGGCAUCGCUAGAUACCAGGAGGCCUUCUUUGAUAAGGAGUACAUCGGCAGUCACACAGAGGACACAGAGAAGAUCACUUCUCUCAAAGACCUCAUGCAGGAACAGGUUCACAUCCUGGGGGCGGGGCUUGCGGUCCAUGACAAGCUGGUGCACCCUGAAAUGCGUCCCCUGCACAAGAAACUAAUAGACCAGUUCCAAAUGAUGAGGAGCAGUCUCUAUGGUCUGCCAGGGCUGGACAAGCUGAGUCCUGCCUGUUCUGGUGCCAGUACCCCGAGAGGCAUCCUGGCUACGCACAGCCCCAUGAGCCCCGACAGCUUCAAAGUCAUGCACAGGCACAGUCCACUGAAUCUGCUGGGGUCUAUCCGCCACUCGUCCUCCUCACUGUCCUCUCACACCUCCAGUGAGACGGGUAAUCUGGUGAUCCUGACGGACGGCAUGGUGGUGGAGCACCCCGAGGACGUCUACCGUAUGCAGGUCUGUCUCCACGCGAGGGUAGUGCCUGCUGUACCCACAGACAGGACUCUCAGCCAUCCAAGUCCUUCCUCCUCCAGCCUGAGCUCCACCCACUCAGCACCCUCCCAGAUGGUCAACUCCUCCAACAGCAUCAGAGUAGGCUCCCCGUCGCUGCCGGAGAAAUACCGGAACAACCGUGAGAUGUUGAUGCUGCUGCCUCCUCACCGGGAGAGACCCAGCUCCGCCAUGUACCCCAACAUCACUGAGAACGGACAGGUACAGCCAACCAACUUCCAGCGAGCGUUGUUCCACCAGGUGAUUGGUCCAUGCAAGCCCUGCAGCGACCCUAACCUGUCUGUGGCAGAGAAAGUCCUGACCACCCCCAGCAGCUGGAGUCUGGACAGUGGCACCAGAGAGGUGCUGCCGUUCCUGUCCGCCCACGUUGGGAGUGUGAUGGCCCCACCUAUCCCGCCCCGCAGCCUGCCCCACGGACACUUCUCCAUGCACUUUGAUGCUUUCCACCACCAGAUCAGCGACCUCCCUCCAGCUCUCCCUGCGCGCUCCUCUUUACGAAAGUCAGCCUUGCACCCUAUACCUGCCUCGCCCACCAGUCCCCAGUCCCAGUCCGGCCUGGAUGGCAGUAACUCUACUCUCUCCGGUAGCGCCUCCUCCGGCGUCUCCUCCCUGAGCGAGAGCAACUUCAUGGGCCAGUCAUGUUCCACCGAGUCCCAUGGAACAACCAGACACCCAGCAGAUGCCCUGGACACUGUCUCCGUCACCCCCAGCAUGGCACACUCUACCUGGGCCACGGACGGAGAGGACCUGGGCAUGGACUCCCCCUCUGGUUCCUACCUGCCUGUGCGCUAUAGUGUCUCUGAGUCAGAGGUCCUGGAUGGCUCUAAGCCCCCUCCCUGUCGUAGCCACUCCUCUCCCGGGGUGAUCACCCCACUCAUCACCAAUAUUGUGGUUCCAAUCAGCCCUGUCCUCCCAGAGGCCCAUACCCUUAACAUCCAGAACCUGCCCCACUACCGCCACCAGCCUCCGCCCGCCCUGCCCCCCAAGCCCUACCUGAGAGAGGGGUGUAUUCCUGAGGAGGACGGGUGUAUUUCCGCCAGGCCCAUGCCCAUGCCACGCAAGAUCUCUCAGCCUCUCAUCACCUCUAAGGAAGAGCAGGCCAAAGUGGCGUGGGAGCACGGCAUCGCCGAAGAGUGAAGAGGAGGCCUGGGGGUGUAUUCAGACAGUGAUGUGAAACAUUCUGAACGUUUCAGAUAGAAAUAGAUUAGAUAGAGCGGACGCACAUGAUUUCCCCUUAUUCUUUCUGACAGACAAUCAUAUAUGUUCUACAUUUAAAUAUAUUUCUAUCUGAAUGUUCUGUAAUGUUACAUUCUCCUGAACUGGCACUUGGUUGGUCGAGGCAUGGUUGGUCGAGGCAUGCCCAUUGGGACAGUGACACAUGUUUUGUUGUUUUGGCUCUGUAGUCCAGCACUUUGAAUUUAGAAUGAUACAUUGCCUAUGAGGUUAAAGUGCACUGUGCUUACAGCACUCAAUGUACAUAGUCCCCCCAUUUUAAGGGACUAAAAGUAUUGGAACAAAUUCACUUAUAUUUAUUACAGUAGUAACAAGUUAAGUAUUUGGUCCCAUAUUCCUAUCACUACAUGGUUACAUCAAGCUUGUGACAAAUGAUGUUGAAUGCUUGUGCUGUUUGUUUUGGUUGUGUUUCAGAUUAGUUUGUACCCAAUAUAAAUGAAUGGUAAAUCAUGUAUUGUGUUUUAUUGUAAAUAAGAAUAGAAUAUGUUUCUAAACACUUCUACAUUCAUGUGGAUUCGACCAUGAUUACGGAUAAUCCUGAAUGAAUCUUGAAUAAUAAUGAGUGAGAAAGUUACAGAUGCAGAAAAUAUCACCCACCCACCACCACCACACCUGCCUAACAUCCCCUGUUAUUGUAAUGGUGAGAGGUUAGCAUGUCUUUUGGGGGGGUAUAGUAUAAAAUGCUAACCUCCCCAGUUAUUGUAAUGGUGAGAGGUUAGCAUGUCUUGAGGUUAUGAUAUAAAAUGCUAUCCUCCCCUGUUAUUGUAAUGGUGAGAGGUUAGCAUGUCUUGGGGUAUGAUAUAAAAUGCUAACCUCCCCUGUUAUUGUAAUGGUGAGAGGUUAGCAUGUCUUGGGGGUAUGAUAUAAAAUGCUAUCCUCCCCUGUUAUUGUAAUGGUGAGAGGUUAGCAUGUCUUGGGGUAUGAUAUAAAAUGCUAACCUCCCCUGUUAUUGUAAUGGUGAGAGGUUAGCAUGUCUUGGGGGUAUGAUAUAAAAUGCUAUCCUCCCCUGUUAUUGUAAUGGUGAGAGGUUAGCAUGUCGUUCUUGGGAGUAUGAUAUUUGUAACUUUCUCACUCAUCAUUAUUCAUUCAGGGCGGAGCACAAUUGGCCCAGCAUCAUCCUAGUUGGGGGGGGGGGCUUGGCCGGGGGUGUAGAAAAUAGUCAAUAAUUAAUUAUUUUGUCAUAUGUUAAGCACAAAUUGUCAUCCAAUAGGCUUUGAUUAAAUUUCCAAUAUCCCCGCCCACGUGGAAAUUCUGUAAGAGUUCUAUGAAGGCCAAUUAGAUGGUGGUCUGAUCAGUCAGUCUCCUGUUUAAUACUUGUUUUACUUUUGAUGCCAGCAAAAUAAGAAUGUGUUCUUAACUGAUUUGCCUAAUUAAAUAAAGGUUAAAUAAAAAAUUAAAUUCAUGAUUAAUUAAGGACUGUCCAUAAUCAUGGUAGCAUGUAGACGUGUUUAGAAACGUAAUCUAUUCGUAUUUACAAUAUGUGACUCCAAAAUGACACAAUACAAUAUUUACCAUUCAUUUCUAUACGAAUAUGGGACCAAAUAUGAAUCUUUGGACUACUUCAAUCAAUACACAUAUAAGUGAAUUUGUCUCAAUACUUUCGGUCCACUAAAAUGGGACCAUGUACCAAAAAGUAGUGUAAUUUCUAAAACGGUCCAGCCGAUAUGGAUGAAAAUACCCUCAAAUUAAAGCUGACCGUCUGCGCUUUAACCUCCUAGUCAUUGUAUCAGUUCAAAUCUGAAGUGCUGGACUACAGAGCCAAAACAACAACAACAAAUGUCACUCCCCUGAUACUUUUGGAGCUCACUGUAGUUUACAUGUUGUUAACAAUUAAAGCCAACCCGUCUGUUUUGCCCCAUAGUUACGCACGCAUCGGUUUUGUUGCUAAACAACCAAUGUGUGUGUGUGUGUGUGUGUGUGUGUGUGUGUGUGUGUGUGUGGUAUGGGGCUCAGUCUUUUAAUUUGAGUGCUUAUUUGAAUGUUCUUUCUCUAAAUUGUCUCACGUAUUACUUGCACAGACCUUUUGGAAACAUUUAAAUCUGUACAGUAAUUCUAAUUUAUUGAUAGUUCAGGUCCACAUGCAGGUUCCAAAUCAUUGCACAAAGGGAAAACAUGGAUUUUUUUGAACCAAUUACCAGACAUUUAAUUAAUUUAGUUAAUUGAAGCAAAGCUGGGAUCGAGUAAAGCUUGCUAGACCAUGACCUAUGACCUUUUUCCGUUUUAGAGAAGCCGCACUUUAGCACUUAGUUCUGCAGCACCAAAAACCACUUGUUUUAGUCUAUUCACACUUGUAUUGUAUGAAGAAAUGAAGAUGGGUUAAGUAGACUCUUGAGUUGUAUUGGGCUUUGGAUAGAUUAGUAUUAUUGUUGAGGUGUGGUAGUCUUUAUAUUACGAUUGUUUAUUAAUUAACUUACCUUUUUAUAGGACACGAAAGUGGUAUUGGUGUAAUAAUAAUGAACUCAGCGAUGCAACUAGCUGAGAGAGAGAGAGAGAGAGGGCGAUCAGAACAGAUCACGCCUCUUGAUAAACACACACUUCAUCCUCCUUACGAAUUAUCCUCUCAGGCAGAGCAUUGCCUCGACAGACAGACAGUAAGAGGCUUAAAUAGUGUUGCGAUGCUUCAUUACACAGUCGUCCUCUUUAUAGCUGUGCGCUGCCACAGCCAGAUCACUCAGCCACUACAAAGACUUAUUAUCCAUUAUGGUUAGGGAAUAACUGCCUGGCUGGUGAAUACAAGCCAUUUCAAAGAUGUCACUUUGCAGUCUUAAAGGCUGCUUAAAGUCUUUAUUUUGGGUUGGUUGGUUUAUUAAAAGGUUAUUUUCUGUUCAGUUGGCAGCAUGUUACACACUACAGUACAAAGAAAAGUCUAUAUUUUUUCGAGGAGAUGAAAAUCUGCAAGUUUAUUAUUAUGUGUAGUUAAAUAAUUAUAUAUAAUAUAUUAAUAUUAGAUUAUUUAUACAUGAAUCCCUAUAUCACGGAUUGACUGACGGGAAUUGAUGACUUGAUGAUGACUAUGUAAAAACAGAACAAUAUGCAAGAUAAGACAAGGGCAUUAAAGCCACUGUAGCUGCUUAGUGAUGUGCACUUGUAUCUGGGAAGACAUGAACAUUGGAAUAACAUAAUUUAGAUGGAUGAUAUUUAUAGAAAAAAAACGAUUAUUAUAAUUGUGUUAUUUUUAUUUUUAUUUUAUUUGGUACUUGUAUGUGUGCAUGUUCCAUUCAGUGAAAUAAGUGAUUUAACCCUGGCUAGUACUGCCCACUGGACUACCUGACGCAUGCUAGGAACAGAGAAUAGACUGAACUAAAGAUAUCCUUGUUUCUAAUCAUUGAUAUGUAUUGACUAUUCAGUGCUGAUCACAAUGUACAGCUGAUUCUGCUUUUAGAUGUAUGUAUGCCUCCUCCUCCCUGCCUCCUAUUGAGAGAAACUCCAAUGACUAUCUCCUGUAUCUACCUUAGUGAUUUGAUCUGCUUUGUGACAACACUGCUGGUGCUUCACAGACACAGAUCCUGGAUCAGAGCCUGCUCCACAUCUAAUUCCUUUUCUCUUCCAGCUUGUUGUUCAGGUGUUGUGUGUGCCUCUCUCUCUCUCUCUCUCUCUGCAUCUCUGUCUCUCUCUGUCUCUCUCUGUCUCUCUGUCUCUCUCUGUCUCUCUCUCUCUGUCUCUCUCUCUCUGUCUCUCUCUCUCUGUCUCUCUCUCUCUGUCUCUCUCUCUCUGUCUCUCUGUCUCUGUCGCUCUCUCUCUGUCUCUCUCUCUGUCUCUCUCUCUCUCUCUCUCUCUCUCUCCCUCUCUCUCUCUCUCUCUCUCUCUCUCUCUCUCUCUCUCUCUCUCUCUCUCUCUCUCUCUCUCUCUCUCUCUCUCUCUCUCUCUCUCUCUCUCUCUCUCUCUCUCUCUCUCUCUCUCUCUCUCUCUCUCUCUCUCUCUCACAUUAGACCUAAGGUCUGUUGUUUUGGAUAGUUGAAAGGAGAGAUUUGAUAACCAUGAAGUGGGGUAUUUCUCAUUAUUUAUAAGACUGUCUUUCUCUCACCUGUGUAAAUAGAUUUGUUUUUAUUUUAUUAACAUUAUUGUAUAUCAUUACCAUAGUACAAAAUGUUGGACUUGUAGCUAAUAGAGAUACUACAGCUUCUAUUGACCAUUUACCUUUUUCAAGAGGCAUUAUUCUAACGAGACGGUUACAGGAAGUGUGUGUUUCUGUUUGUGCGCGUGUGUGUAGAUACUGUACGUGUAGACUGGCUUCAAUUCAACCAUCCGAUCUUGAGAACGUUUUCUUAUUUUUCUUUUUUUGGACGGUUCUCUCAUGUCCUGAUGUUCUCCUUCCUGUCUCAGAAGGGACAUGGCUACAUACAGUAUAAACUACUCUAAGUAAUGGGGUAAAGGUGCAGGCCUCCUUAUGUAGAAGGACUUUUAUUUUGAAAUGAAUUAACUGAAUUGAAUUUAUUUUCGAAUGUUUAUAUGUAGCUAAUAGAGAACGUAUAUGAUAUUGGAACACAUGAUAUGACACUUGAAACAUGUCAAAAGUAAUGUCACACACUACUACUAUCCUGUCUAUGGCUGUUUUGUGUCCGUUAUGUGAUGAUUGUACUCUUUGUGAUGAUGGCUCAAGAGAAGAGUGUUGAAAAUGCACCUAGAAGGUUGUCCAUUGUCCUGUGAGAAGGACUUAGACACACACACACACACACACACACACACACACACACACACACACACACACACACACACACACACACACACACACACACACACACACACACACACACACACACACACACACACACACACACACACACACACACACACACACACACACCAGCUGGCUUCCUUCCAGGCUCGGACAGACCGAGGGGAACCUGUAGUGAGGUGGGACACUUGAUUGAAUCCCCUAAGAGCAAUCAAACUUAAUCAGCCCACUCACAUAUUCUAGUCAGCAAAUAGGUGCACUUACUCUCCCACUGCCCCCUAAAUGACAACCUAUUCCCUAUCAUGUGUGCUACUUUUGACCAUAGCCCAUAUAACUGUAGUCCCCUACUUUUGACCAGGGUCCCCUCGUCAGCAGGGCUCACCCACUUUCACCUCCUGGCCUGGCACUCCUGAUCUACUAAGACGAAUCAUCAUUCUAAGUGUAAGAGGAUUGAAGAGUUGAAGGAUGUGAUAUGAGAGGAGAAAAUACGGGCUUCUGAUAUAGAGGACUAAUAUAGUCACUACUGGUAUGCAAAUAAUAUACAUGACAAGGCCAAAACCUCGGAACACUACUGCAGACUGGUUGAAUGAUAUGAUGGUUGUGUGGUGUGAAGAAGUGAUUUUAUUUGAACGUGUGUUCGUGGAUAACACAAGCCAGUGUAACACUAUCAGUUACUUAUGAUAGGUAUCUCUAUGAGCUAUGUUGCUGAAAAGGCAGGAAAUCCUCCUUGAUUUCAAUAAACUUUUCAAAUCAUAAAUGUAAAUAAUUUAAAAAAUAAUAAUAGCAUACUUUCAUUCAUUAUUAUUUUAUUUCAAUAUGAUCAGAGGAUAUGAAGAAGGAACAUGUUAUGCAUAUGACCUAUGCAGUCUCUCAAUGUAUUUGAUUUAUUUAUAUAAAUACACACAUAUAUAUAUAUAUAUACUGAACAAAAAUAUGAACGCAACAUGCAACAAUUUCAAAGAUUUUGCUGCGUUACAGUUCAUUUUAGGAAAUCUGUUAACUUAAAUUCAUUAGGCCCUAAAUCUAUGGAUUUCAGAUAACUGGGCAGGGGUGCAGCCAUGGGUGGGCCUGGGAGGACAUAGGCCCACCCACUUGGCAGUCAGGCCCUCCCACUGGGGAACCAGGCCAAGCCAAUCAAAAUACGUUGUCCCCCACAAAAUGGCUUUAUUACAGACAGAAAUAAUCCUCAACAACAGUGGAGAAAGCUUAUGGUAGAGACUUUAACAUUCAAGUAUCUGGAAACAGCUCUGUGUUGUGUGACAAAACUGCACAUUUUAGAGUGGCCUUUUAUUGUCCCCAGCACAAGGUACACCUGUGUAAUGAUCAUGCUGUUUAAUCAGCUUCUUGAUAUGCCACACCUGUCAGGUGGAUGGUGCUCACUAACAUGGAUGUAAACAAAUUUGUGAACAAAAUUAGAGAAAUCAGCUUUUUGCGCGUAUGCAAAAUGUCUCGGAUUUUUUCUUUUAGCUCAUGAAACAUGGGACCAACACUUUACAUAUUGCAAAUAUUUAUUUUUGUUCAGUAGAAAUUCCCUUAUUGUUUUCUACUCAAACAAUUAUUCCAUACACACUUGACGUUCAAACACACACAUUACAAUUGAUCUGUGUCUAGUAUAUUGAGUAUAUCCAGCAGAAUGACACACUGUUCUGGGAACUGGGUACAGAGUAUUUGAUUAUGUGUAGCCUAUCAUUUAAUAUGAAUAAACGGUUGUUUAGUCUUACUUUGUGGCAAGUCAAUGUAAAAUAAAGGUUAAAUAAAUCAAAUAUAAAAUGGAGCCAGUUGAGGGGAAUAGGAAGCAAGAACGGAACUCAUGAAAGUGUUUUUUUUUUCAGUCGUUCUUUGUAAAUAUAGAAAACUGCAGUAGGAUCUAGGAUGGGGGGGGUACAAUGGCAGUACAAGUUACAAAUGAGGCGUACAAAUGGGGGUACAAAACAUUUUUGAAAUCAUUGCAGUUCUUUACCUCCAGACCACCUUGUCAGGCUCUUCUCGCUUGUCUUUAAAUAACCAUAACAACGCAGUGUAUUUAUAAGGCUAAAAAGGGCAAACCAUGUAAAGAUUGUGAUUAUUAUUUGUCUGCCUUGUACUUUCUGAUGUAAAUGUGUUUUUAAAACAUAGAAAAACUAGACAAAAACAUACAAAAAACGUGACUUAUUUCAUUUUGCCUAAUUAUUUUGAUGAUUAUUUUGUGUGUUUUGCAUCAUUUCUGGACAGUUAGCGAGAUACGUUCUACUUCUGUCACUCUUACGGAAUACAAAACCUUUAAUUACUCUAAAAGUAAUUCAUUGUAUAUAUUGUGUUAGCAUGAAUCAACUGUGAUGUGGAUUUUAGAUGUAAAUACAUACACACUUUUUCCUACUCACUUCAAACUACUGUGAUGUGGAAUUUAUUAAUUAGUAUUAAUGCUUAACAUUAAAGAUCAUGUUUUAUUGACUCA